AUGCCAGUCGACUUUGACAAGCAAGCUUACUGGCACGACCGCUUCUCUACCGAAACCUCCUUCGAAUGGCUCCUCGGAUCUGCCGAUUUCAUCUCCAUCAUCAAACCCAUUCUCACCAACCUCGAACCAUCUUCAGCCCGAAUUCUCCACAUCGGCUCUGGAACCAGCGAUUUACAAAACUACUUGCGCCAUCUCGGCUUUCUGGACGUCACAAAUGUCGAUUAUGAGCCUCUGGCCACAGAACGAGGCCGAGAGCUGGAGAAGCAGGCCUUUGGCGACGUAAAGAUGAAGUAUGCCGUGGCAGAUGCUACACAGCUGCAGCUCUCAACUGACAAAGAGUACAAAUUCGAUCUCGUGGUUGACAAGAGCACCGUCGAUGCAGUCUCUUGUGGCGGAGAAGAUCAAGUUCGACGCAUGGCGAGCUGUGUUCGGAGGCAUCUUGCGCCAGGUGCCGUAUGGGUCUCAAUGAGCUACUCUGCGCGUCGCUUUGACAUUGAUGGGUUGCCGUUUGUGGCUGAGGUUCUGGAAAAGGUGCCUACGCCAAAGGUGAAAGCGACGGAUCCGGAUAUAUUUCACUGGUGCUAUCUGCUGCGACCAAAAUGA